AGAACCGUGAGCAGUUGUUGUUGUGCAGUUCUCUGGGCGGCCACUCGGCGCUGUGAAGCCGCCUCUACCUGAAAUUCAGCAGCAGAAGAAGAGUCAAACCGGAAACUUAACAGAUGAAGGAGCAGCGCGCGACGGAAGGAGACUUGAUCGUGAAAGUAAACAACAACAAAGACCAGCUGCAGGUUCAUGGACUGGUUACAGUGGGUUACAGCAUGGAUCGCUCUGAUUGGAUGGGUGAUUCACUGACGACUCUGUUUCGAGAUUCGCAGGAUGUCCGACUCUGAUGAAGGUUACCAGAAGACAGCAGGAUCCCCCAGCAGGUGAGUCUACCUGUAGAUUAAUAUCAUUAUGUGUCUGUUAAUGAGGUGUGUGUUAAUAAGGUGUGUGUUAAUGAGGUGUGUGUUAAUAAGGUGUGUGUUGAUGAGGUGUGUGUUAAUAAGGUGUGUGUUGAGGUGUGUGUUAAUAAGGUGUGUGUUGAGGUGUGUGUUAAUAAGGUGUGUGUUAAUAAGGUGUGUGUUAAUAAGGUGUGUGUUAAUAAGGUGUGUGUUAAUAAGGUGCGUGUUGAUGAGGUGUGUGUUAAUGAGGUGUGUGUUAAUGAGGUGUGUGUUAAUGAGGUGUGUGUUGAUGAGGUGUGUGUUAAUAAGGUGUGUGUUGAGGUGUGUGUUAAUAAGGUGUGUGUUAAUAAGGUGUGUGUUAAUGAGGUGUGUGUUGAUGAGGUGUGUGUUGAUGAGGUGUGUGUUGAUGAGGUGUGUGUUAAUGAGGUGUGUGUUAAUGAGGUGUGUGUUGAUGAGGUGUGUGUUGAUGAGGUGUGUGUUAAUGAGGUGUGUGUUAAUGAGGUGUGUGUUGAUGAGGUGUGUGUUAAUGAGGUGUGUGUUGAUGAGGUGUGUGUUAAUAAGGUGUGUGUUGAUGAGGUGUGUGUUAAUAAGGUGUGUGUUAAUAAGGUGUGUGUUAAUGAGGUGUGUGUUGAUGAGGUGUGUGUUGAUAAGGUGUGUGUUAAUAAGGUGUGUGUUGAGGUGUGUGUUAAUAAGGUGUGUGUUGAGGUGUGUGUUGAUAAGGUGUGUGUUGAUGAGGUGUGUGUUGAUAAGGUGUGUGUUAAUGAGGUGUGUGUUAAUAAGGUGUGUGUUAAUGAGGUGUGUGUUAAUGAGGUGUGUGUUAAUAAGGUGUGUGUUGAGGUGUGUGUUAAUAAGGUGUGUGUUAAUAACGUGUGUGUUAAUAAGGUGUGUGUUAAUAAGGUGUGUGUUGAGGUGUGUGUUGAUAAGGUGUGUGUUGAUGAGGUGUGUGUUAAUAAGGUGUGUGUUGAUGAGGUGUGUGUUAAUAAGGUGUGUGUUGAUGAGGUGUGUGUUAAUAAGGUGUGUGUUGAGGUGUGUGUUGAUAAGGUCUGUGUUGAUGAGGUGUGUGUUAAUAAGGUGUGUGUUAAUAAGGUGUGUGUUGAUGAGGUGUGUGUUGAUGAGGUGUGUGUUGAUGAGGUGUGUGUUAAUAAGGUGUGUGUUGAUGAGGUGUGUGUUAAUAAGGUGUCUGUGUGACAGGAUCUGUGUGGAUCCAGGUCCCUCCAGCAGGCGGGGUUACUGCGGGUUUUGCAGGGUUCUCUACACCCACCUGAACCAGCACCUGUGCAGCCUGCGACACCUGGACGCUGUAAGAGCGUCGUCCAGAGGAAGCUCCGCCUCCUCCUACUCCAGCACCAGCCUAUUGGAGCGCUUCCUGCAGGACGUCCUACAACACCACCCGCACCUCUACAACGACCCCAGGCCACCUCACCCCGACCUCCCGACAGUCUCUGCCCCCUUGCCUUUGAGGGAGGAGCCAACCAAUCAGAUAGGUGGGCAUCUGGGUCAGGAGAGGCUGUCUGCACCAAUCAGAGAGCAGCAUGGAGGGCCUGCCUCCUAUGCACAGAACCUGCCCCCCGUCCACAGAAAGGCCCACAGGAAGACCAACAGGAGGAAAACAAGUGACUCCUCCACCCCCCCUCCCCCUUUGGGGCCCUGGAAGUGCUGGCAGCAGGAGAGGAGCGGGGGGGCUUAAAGCUGAGGUGUUCUCUUCAGACCAGAGCGACUCCAUGGAUCAAACCAUUGAGCAGGUGAUCCAGGUGUGUUGUCACGGCUCCUCGGACAGCUUCAACUUCAGCCUCCCAGUCUCCAUUGAGACACAGAGUGAGGGAUGGGACUUACCUGUGCAGCGAGGCCUGGAGGACACACCUGGCCAGGUUAGCAGGGAGGAUUUGUGCCAGCUGACGGAGGUUCAGGUCCACCUGACGGAGGCUCACCUACAACAGCACAUGUACUCUGCCCGGUUAGACUCCGCCCUCGAGGGGGGCGGGGCUUGGCAGGAUGAGGGCUUUCUGUCUCUACCCAUAGAGGAAGUGCUGCCGGCCCCCCAACAUAUCCCAGAAUCCUUCAGGGGAAAGAGCUGGACCCAGAUUCACAUGGAGGACGAGGAGCGGGUGGAGAGGCUGGUGAGGCAGUUCAGGGGAGGGGCCUUCCUCUGCUACUUUGACUCUGAGUCAUUGGCCAGGUAUGGGAGGAGGCGAAAUCAGAUCCAGAAAGGUGGAGGUGAGAACCUGGAGGCGGAGUCUGACCCCGGCUUCCUGCCCCUAUUGGAUGGCAAUGAGCAGGUGUGUGUCGGGAGGAGGCUGGGCCUCAGAGUGGCGUCCAGGUGCCAGGUGGUGAAGGUGAGUCGCAGCACUCAGACCGUCCGGUUGGUAGUCCCAGCUGUCCGUCAGUCAGAGGCCCCGCACCCAGAAGUCCCAGCUGUCUGUCAAUCCGAAGCCCCACCCUCUGUAGUCCCAGCGGACAAUCAGGAAGCAGAGAGGACCCCUGUGUCAUGGCGCUGCCUCCCUGCAGAGUAUUGCGACAUCCUGACUCCUCUGCAGCCACGCAGUUCCCUGAUCUACCUGUUGGGCCCCGCCCCCCCUCACUCCCCAGCUGCAAACCCCGCUACCACACACACAGGGUAUGCCCCCCGGCGCUGCAGGAGGAGGUGGCGGCCGCUGGCCUCACAGGGGUCCAAACUCAAAUACAAACCACUUCCUAUGCGCUUCUACAACCCAACCAGCAACCGCAUCCUGAAGCAUCCCCCACCCUCCAGAGGCCCCGGCCCCCCCAGAGGCGCGGUCCCCUCAUGUCCCUUUCCUCCUUGCGUUCGUCAGCUGUUCCGUAGUCUGAGUCCGGACCUGAACGCUGAGGGGGAGGGGCCCUCCAGGGUUAAAACCCCACCCCCUCACAGAGGGGGAAGGAGGACACAGCCCCAGCCCCCACUCAGGAGAACAAGGUCUCAGGCUUCCGCCCCCCCUCCCAACAGAGAGGGUCUGCGCCGACCCCACCCCUCCUCACCCUGCAGGGGGAGGGGCCGCCGGGGCAGCAGGGGGGGAGGCGGGUAACUGCCCUUCACAUUAAAAUGUUAUAUCUGUAUUCUCUGUGAGAGGUCAUAUAAUUAAUAAUGAAUUACUAUUCGGGGGGGGGGUCUUUAUUAUGUUUAUAAAGCUUUACAGGAACUCUGGACAUUUCAUAAAGUUAUUGUUUCACAACUAUUAAAAAUCAGGAACAGUU